AUGAGACCGCAUAAAAGGGGGUGGCAGCAGAGGGGACAGAGGAAAGAGCUAACAGAGCACCCGACGGAGAGAGAGCAGAACAGGAGGCAGCAGCAGGAGGAGACGGGCGCAGGCGGGAAAGAGGCGACAAAGAGCAGCAUAGGUGAGGGCCGAUGUGUUGUUGCACUCCCCAUCAUCCAUGCAUUCAUGUCUGUGAGGGACGAUCUGUUGUUGCACUGCCCAUCAUCGGUGUGCACGCUGGUGAAGCGCCACGUGUACUCGCGCUUCGUCAACUCCUCCUACCUCUUUGCCGGCACCUCUAACAUCUUCCGCGUGAGUGAGGGCGCUACCAUGCUGCCGCCCUCCCAUGCGGCCGCCCUCCCAUGCGGCCGCCCUCCCAUGCGGCCGCCCUCCCAUGCGGCCGCCCUCCCAUGCUGCCGCCCUCCCAUGCUGCCGCCCUCCCACCCCAAGCGCCCAUACAACUCACCCCACCCAUCUGACAAUCACUUGACAACACGUGCCAAUGUGGAUUUCUUCCCGCCACACGUGGACCUGGUGGCAGGCAACAGCACCACGGAGCUGCUCAUCAUUGCCUCGGGGCAGGCGCAGGUGCUUGUGCGUGGCAAAAAUGGCAAUGAGAUGCAGUGGUUCGUGCUGCACGAGGGGGACUGCGUGGGAGAGAUCGCCUGCCUGCGCGACCUCACGGAGCUGUGGACGGUGCGCACGCUGUCGGUGUGUCGGGUGCUCUCCAUCUCACGAGACGACUACCGCUCCGUGGCUCGCACCCACCCCGCUGAUGACCGCCACGGCAUCGCCAACCUGCUCAACCGGGCGCGCAGCAGGGCGGAGGCGACGGCCCGCUUCUACCCCGGCAACAGCACCAUGGCAGAGCUGUCUCUGCUGCUCAAGAACGAGGUCGAGCCUGUUCUGAACGGCAUUGAUAUCUUCUUCUUCUACCCUCUCUCUCACACCUUCGCCAACCGGAGUCUCGCACCUACACCUUCGUCACCUACCCUUCCUCACUCUCCUUGCCAUGCCUCUCUGUCAGCCUUUACAGCCAGUUCAGUUGGUGCAGCAAUGAGACCAUGUCGUGAUGUUUUUCACUUCCUUCACCCCGGCUUCCACACUCUGCCUGCCCACUCCGUACCCAUCCCCGUGAUGUUUCUCCACCGCUCCUCCCCGCCGCUCUUCUCCUCGCCCCUCGCCAGUCCUUCCGCAACCGCUUGCGUGGUGACAUGCUGGACUGCUGGCGGCUUUGAUGUGGCCGCUGCUGACUACAAUGGCCGCACGCCCAUGCACCUAGCAGCAGUGACAGGGCAGGACAAGGUGGUGGCGUUCCUGCUGGCGCACGGCGCGCAGGUGAACGCCAAGGACGCCUUCUGGCGCACCCCCCUGCAGGAGGCCGUUGCUGCCGGCCACUGGAGCACCGCUCAGAUCCUCCGCAGGUCAGUGCGCUCUGCCAUUGCUCUGCCUCUGCUCUGCCACUGCUCUGCCAUUGCUCUGCCUCUGCUCUGCCUCUGCUCUGCCAUUGCUCUGCCUCUGCUCUGCCUCUGCUCUGCCACUUUUCUGCCAGACCCCUCGAAAGGCAGAAGUGCAGCGCGCCCUGGCACCUACUCUGCUCUGCGGUUCCCCAUUUGCAGUGUACCCUCUUUGCUACUCACGUGUUGGCACUCCACUUCUCUGUUCCCUUCUCUUGCACACCUCUACUACUCCUCCCAUCUUUCACCACUCCCCUUCUCUCUCCACCGCCGCCUUCCUCCCCCCUUCGUCCCCCCCUUACUCCCCACAUCUUCCCCCAGCCACCAGGGAAUGACCCAGCCGCGCAAUCACCGCAAGCACACGUGCCACCUCGCCUGCUCCACCACAACCACCCGCCGCGCCUUUCACUCCCCCUCCCUCCCGCCUUUCCAGUCCUGCAGGUGA